UUCAUUUCUACCGAUUCAACAAUGGUCCUUGAAUAUUCUUCAUCCUACUCCUUACUCUCCCGAUUCAUCAUCAAUACUUGCUUCUUCAUAUUUCUCCUUUUCCUUUUGUAUUCAAUAUCAUCAUUCCACAUCACUUUUACAUCUGCCUCUAUACCUAUCACUUCGCUUUUGAAUGUUGAACAAGAUCAGGAAGCACUUGCUCUUUUAACAUGGAAGGCCAGUCUUGAUAAUCAAACUCGAUUUUUCCUCUCUUCUUGGUCUGGACGCAAUUCUUGCCAUCAUUGGUUCGGAGUGACUUGUCACAAGUCAGGCAGUGUCUCUAAUUUAGACCUUCACAGUUGUGGUUUGAGAGGUACACUUUACAAUCUCAAUUUCUCAUCACUUCCCAACCUCUUCUCUCUUAAUCUUCAUAACAACUCCCUUUAUGGAACUAUUCCAAUCAACAUUAGUAAUCUUUCCAAACUGAUCACAUUUCUUGAUUUUGGUUUUAAUCAUUUCACUGGUGUAAUAUCUCACCAACUUGGAUUUCUUACAUCUCUUUGCUCUUUAACACUGUCUUCUAAUAAUUUCAGAGGCCUAAUUCCUCCUUCUAUAGGAAACUUGAGGAACUUAACCACAUUGUCCCUUUUUGAAAAUGAGCUUUUUGGUUCCAUCCCUCAAGAAAUUGGAUUGUUAAGAUCUCUUAAUAUUCUUGAUUUGUCAGACAACAAUCUCACUGGUCCAAUACCUCAUUCCAUAGGUAACUUGAGGAACUUAACCUCUUUGUGGCUUAAUUCAAACAAACUAUCUGGUUCUAUUCCUCAAGAAAUUAGAUUGUUGACAUCGAUCUUGUCAUUUAACAAUCUCAAUGGUUCAAUACCAACUUUCAUAGGAAACUUGACGAGCUUAAUGAUUUUAUAUAUUCAUGAGAACAAACUUUCUGGCUCCAUUCCUCAAGAAAUUGGAUUAUUGAGAUCACUUGAGAAUCUUGACUUGUCAAUGAAUGAUCUUAGGGGUUCAAUACCAACUUCCUUGGGAAACUUGUCUAGCUUAACCCUUCUAUAUCUUUAUGAUAACAUACUUUUUGGUUCUAUCCCUCAAGAAAUUGGAUUAUUGAGAUCUCUUCUAGUUCUUGAGUUGGGAUAUAAUGAUCUCACUGGUUCGAUCCCUCCUUCCGUAGGAAACUUGAGGAACUUAACCAUUUUGUAUCUUCCUAACAAUGAGCUUUUUGGUUCCAUCCCUCAAGAAAUUGAAUUAUUGAGAUCUCUUCAAGUUCUUGAUUUGGGAAUUAAUAAUCUCAUUGGUCCAAUCCCUCCAGUCAUAGGAAACUUGAGAAACUUAACCGUUUUGUCUCUUUCUGAGAAUGAUCUUUUUGGUUCUAUCCCUCAAGAAAUUGAAUUGUUGAGAUUGCUUGAUAUUCUUGACUUGUCAUUUAACAAUCUUAGUGGUUCAAUACCAACUUCCAUAGGAAACUUGUCCACCUUAACUGAUUUGUCCCUUCAUUCCAACAAACUCAGUGGUGUCAUUCCUCCCGAUAUGAGUAAUAUCACUCAUUUGAAAUCUUUGCAAUUAGGUGAGAAUAACUUCAUUGGACAACUACCACAAAUAUGCCUUGGUAGUGCUCUUGAAAACAUUUCUGCCUUUGGAAACCAUUUCAGUGGUCCUAUACCAAAGAGCUUGAAAAACUGCACGAGCUUAUUCCGAGUUCGGCUUGAAAGAAACCAACUUAUUGGAGACAUAGGCGAAAGUUUUGGUGUAUACCCGAACCUUAAUUACAUUGAUCUAAGCAGUAACAAUUUUUAUGGUGAGCUUUCUAAGAAAUGGGGACAGUGCCACAUGCUUACAAACCUGAACAUCUCCAACAACAAUAUUUCUGGCGCUAUACCACCUCAACUCGGGAAAGCAAUUCAACUGCAACAACUUGAUCUCUCUUCAAAUCAUCUAAUUGGAAAGAUCCCAAAAGAAUUGGGUAUGUUGCCCUUGUUGUUCAAAUUGUUGCUGGGCAACAACAAUCUUUCAGGAAGUAUUCCUUUGGAAUUCAGAAACUUAUCCAAUCUUGAAAUCCUCGACUUGGCAUCAAACAACUUAAGCGGUCCAAUGCCCAAACAACUGGGAAACCUGUGGAAAUUAUCAUCCUUGAACCUGAGCGAGAAUAGAUUUGUGGAUAGCAUUCCUGACGAAAUUGGAAAGAUGCAUCAUCUUCAAAGUCUCGAUCUUAGUCAAAAUGUGUUGACAGGAGAGAUUCCACCGCUGCUUGGAGAAUUACAAAACCUGGAAACGUUGAAUCUCUCCAAUAACGGGCUUUCUGGCACUAUCCCACACACUUUUGAUCAUCUAAUGAGCCUGACAGUUGCUGAUAUAUCCUACAAUCAGUUGGAAGGUCCUCUCCCCAACAUCAAAGCCUUCACUCUAUUUGAGGCAUUCAAAAAUAAUAAAGGUCUAUGUGGUAAUAAUGUCACUCAUCUCAAACCAUGUAGUGCUAGUCGAAUAAAGGCUAACAAGUUUUCUGUUUUGAUCAUAAUACUCAUCAUUGUGAGCACUCUGUUGUUCUUAUUUGCUUUUAUUAUUGGCAUUUAUUUUCUUUUCCAAAAAUUGAGGAAGAGAAAAACCAAGUCUCCAAAAGCAGAUGUUGAAGAUCUAUUUGCAAUAUGGGGCCAUGAUGGGGAAUUGUUGUAUGAGCACAUCAUACAAGGGACCGACAAUUUCAGUUCGAAACAGUGUAUUGGCAUUGGAGGAUGUGGUACUGUUUACAAGGCUGAGUUGCCAACAGGUCGGAUUGUUGCAGUGAAAAAACUUCACUCAUCAGAAGAUGGAGCUAUGGCUGAUUUGAAAGCUUUUAAAAGCGAGAUUCAUGCUUUAACACAGAUAAGGCACCGCAAUAUCGUCAAGCUUUAUGGCUUUAGUUCAUUUGCAGAGAACUCAUUUUUGGUUUAUGAGUUUAUGGAAAAAGGGAGCCUGCGAAACAUUCUAAGCAACGACGAAGAAGCAGAAAUAUUGGAUUGGAUGGUGAGGCUAAAUGUUAUUAAAGGCGUGGCUAAAGCUUUAUCUUAUAUGCACCAUGAUUGCUUGCCUCCUCUAAUUCAUCGAGACAUAUCGAGCAACAAUGUUUUGUUAGAUUCAGAAUAUGAAGCUCAUGUAUCUGACUUCGGCACGGCUAGGCUUUUAAAGUCAGACUCAUCUAAUUGGACUUCAUUUGCAGGAACUUUUGGUUAUACUGCUCCAGAACUUGCUUUUACGAUGAAGGUGGAUAAUAAAACCGAUGUUUAUAGCUUUGGUGUUGUAACAUUGGAAGUAAUUAUGGGAAGGCAUCCUGGAGAACUCAUCUCAUCCCUGUUAUCAUCAGCGUCCUCAUCAUCCUCAUCACCAUCAAUUGUGGACCAUUGCCUAUUGAAUGAUGUGAUGGACCAGCGCCCCACACCUCCUGUGAAUCAAGUGGCUGAGGAAGUAGUGGUUGCAGUGAAGUUGGCAUUAGCGUGCUUGCGUGUUAAUCCCCAGUCUCGGCCAACUAUGCAACAAGUUGCUCGAGCACUUUCAACACAUUGGCCACCAUUUUCAAAACCGUUCCACACUAUUACGUUGGGUGAGUUGCUGGCUCAUGGUCAUGGGGGUGAAACUAGCUGAGGGUCCUCACUUCUCCAUGUAAAUUUGUUAUCAAUUGCUUAUUACUGUAAAAGAUUAUAUUGGGUAGAGUAAGAAGAUUUUUCAGGCCUGAGGAAGUUUCAGCAGAUAAGGCAUGAUGUUAUCACAUCCAUGAGGUGUACUACCGUGAAGAGACCCAUCCUGUUCGUGUUGAGAUGACGAGGGGAAAUGUGCAGUUAUUCAGAAGCAUGAUCUGCCAUCAUGUGAUGUCCUUGCAACCUUUGGAAUAUAUUUUUUCUUUGAAGGGAUCUUCAAUCAGGUGUACCAGUAACCAAGUGGGCUACUGAAUAUGAAGAGCCUGCUACGGAUGCAUUCAAAAUUCAAUGAUCCAGAAUCAUUGAUGUUUAUUAACAAUUGCAAUGUGAUCCUGAGGGCUGUGGUGGAGGAGUGCGGGAAUGCCAACGACUCUGUCUCUACUUCUGAGGUUGCCAAAUAAUCUGCGUCACUGGAUUCUUGGACAGUUAAUUUUAUUAAUUGGAGGGGCCUCCAUGCUAGGAUAUACCUCUGGUGUCAAUAACACUGGAGAUUUGAAGACGCUUCAUGCAGAUAUGGGCCUAAUUGCAUUGGGCGCGCUCCUUCCAUUUGGGGCAAUCAUCCCAAGAUACUUCAAGCAUCAUGAUCCUCAAUGGUUUGAUCGUCACAUCUCGAUCCAGAUUGUGGGUUUUCUUCUGGGUCUUGCUACUGUCGUUGCAGUAAGGGCACUCUACAAUGGACUGGAGUCCGAUGGCCUUCCCAAAUUCAACAUUCGCAGACCCCUCGGAUCCUUAGUGUUUUGCCUCAGCAUUCUUCAGGUAUUGGAAUUGAUUCCAAGACCGGACAAGACAUCCAAAUGGCGCAAGGACUGGAAACAUCACUGGGUAGGGAGACUUGCUCUCUUCUUGGGAGCUCUGAAAAUUGUGAUUGGACUUUUAGUGGCAGAGGCAGGCUCGGGAUGGAAGAUAGGAUAUGGGUUUCUUAUAACCUUCAUUCUUGUGACAGUCACCGUUUUGGACGUGUCCUUGGGGCUGGGGAGAUCCAACAAGGCAGAUGUGACUCCUGUGUUUGGAUGCAAUUAGAUUUUUUGUUCAUGUGUCUGCACCUUUUUUAGGACCCUAACAUGUAAUCUUUACAUUUUGUAAUUGAUUGUUGAGAGACUGAUAAUUCCCAAAACUGUUGAAAUCACAUUGUUCUUUUGGAUACUUAUCAGCAUGAACUAUGAGUUUUUCGUUAUUAA